AUGGCACUGCAUUGGUUGGAAAUGUUAUCUGUAGUCCUGCAAUUUCUAACAAAUUCUUUUAAGGUUGCAAUACCGGUUAGAAACGUCACAGUCAAAAUAGUACAAAAACAGGAUAUUUCUGAAGAUGAGAAGUUAUGUGUAUAUCUUGUCGAGAAGGCAUUACGUAAACUUCAGCCUGGGCAGGAACAAAUGCUUGGAAUAAUUGAUCUUCAUGGAUUUAGUACAGAGAAUGCAGAUCUCAAGUUUUUGUCGUUCUUGAUAUAUGAGACCCUGUACUCGCAGUUCGAUGUACUGCUAUUACUAUCCAAGGAUGCUCCUUUCAUAUUCAAGCCAAUUUGGCAGCUGGUCAAGCCCGCGCUAAGAUCUUAUGCAUCACUGGUGAAGUUUUGCUCAGCCAAAACCGCCAUAAAUGAGUAUUUUACCCUUGGAACAGUCCCCCAAACCUGA